AGACAAAUUCUAUAUUCAAUCAAAAUUCAAAAUCUUCUCCACCAUGUUACCACUUCUGAAUUUAUUUAAAUUUAUAAACCUGCAUUUUAAUAUAAUAUCAUGCCUUAGAAAACCUGCAUCGUCAAUUUGCAACAUGCAAAGUAGAAAAUGUGGUCAGCUAAGAGCAGCCUCAAACUACCCCCCACAUUCGCCUAUAAAAAUUAAAAUCUGUAAUGCUUCUUCCAUAUGAAAACGCCUGUAGGAAAGCAAUAAAAUUCUGGGAAAUUUGUGGGAUACGAUGAAUCGAUUAACGUUAAUCACUUUAGUUCUUUUCUCCCUGUUUUUCCUCGUCCAUGCACAAUCUAUCUCUAAUCACCACGAUGAUGCAAGUUCCAGAGAUGCUGUCUCUAAUUUCCAACCAAGCCUCGCCAUUGUCAUCGGCAUUCUCUGUGGCAUGUUCGCAUUAACUCUUUCCCUGGUUGCCUGUACCAGAUUCUGCCGCCUACGUGGAACCACCGUACAUGGUAGCGAUCAUCUCCCUACAAGUCUCCGUCGAACAAAAUCUGGGUUCUCAGGUAUUGACAAGAGAGUCAUAGAAUCACUUCCUUUCUUUAGAUUCUCUUCGCUUAAAGGGUCAAAACAAGGGAUUGAAUGUUCGGUUUGCCUCUCGAGAUUCGAAGAUAUCGAGGUUUUAAGAUUGUUGCCUGAAUGCAAACAUGCUUUCCACGUUGAGUGUAUCGAUGAAUGGCUCGAAAAACACUCGAGCUGCCCUCUUUGCCGGCGGAAGAUCAACGCCAACGAUCCCAAGACCUUAACGUACUCGAACAGCUUCCGGGACUUGAGGAAUGGCUCGAAUUCAAAUAUGGAGCCCAAAGAGGAUCAUCGUAGGUCAUCAAGGUUCAGCAUAGCAGCCAGUUUUCGAAAAAUUUUAGAAACGGCGGCCGAUACGACAGACAAUGAUCGCGACGAUGACGACGAUGGGAGGGUGUUUCAUAAACUCAACGUCUUUUUUAAGAAUCGGUGGAGCAAUUUGAGUUCUUCAGACAUUAUCUUGUUGAACUCCGAGAUGAUUAGUGAUAUGUCGAGCGACAUAUUAGGCGAGUUUAAGGAAACAAAAGCGAUUAAAAACAAGGAAGCUAACGGGGACUUCGAGAUCAAAAUCGAAACAGAUUCAGCUCCUGUUGUUCCUUCAACAUCGAGGGUUGUUAAUCAAGGCGGCAUUACUGUCUUAACGAGGUUUCGAGAUGUUGUUACGAGAAAUAGAACAAGUGAGUCGUCUUCAUUGUCUGAUAAUUAUACAAACGAGGAAACCAUAAGGCAGCAAUGGUUGGCGAUUGCUAGAAGAACAAUCCAAUUGUUUUCCAGAAGAUAAACAAGGUCUCAGAAUUCUCAAAUUCAGCCAAUUUAAUGCUGUUUCUGUUGGCAAUUACGUUAAUUUGCAGUAGUAAUUAUUGAUUUAUUUUUAAGACAUUUAUUGAUUUAAUGUGAUAACACAUCGAAACCACAAUAACUGUCCUUUAAAAUUUAGACACCGACACUGCAAUUAUUCAUCCACCUAGCCCCUAGGUGUUUUGUUUUUCAAAACUUAGGUUGUACUUUGCCUUGAUUUUCCAGGC